UAUCCGGAUUUUAUUUCCAUGACUCCCCAUUUUGGAUAAGGAACAACCAACGAACCUUCCAUCUUUCCCCUUCCAAUCGCCAUCAUCAUAUUCAUUCCACCUUUUCAAUGCCCUCUGUUUUCUCCCAUUCACACCAACACUUUUACGCCUCCGAUUAACCAGAUCUAACCCGAUUUCGUCGAGUGGUCUUACCCGAUUCAUAUCCCAAAUUACUUGUUCGAUUUGAACAUUCGGCAAGUGGGUAUUUGAGAUUGAGACCUUGUGGACGAUACCCAGAUUAGUAAAUUGAUAAACAGAGUCAAACGGGUACAGCCGAACAGAUGGUGGGCUUGGAUGCUUGAUUUCUGGGUUGAUUCUUUGAGUUCUUUCCAUGAGAAUUAAGCUCCUUGAAACAUGGAGAAUUCGAAUGGAACAACGAAGAACAACCUUCAAAUCAUCAAACAUCCUACUUACCAACCGUAUACUAAGCCAUUAUUAGCUUGGUUCGAUAUACGCGUAUUCUACGUUCGAAUCAGCAACUUUAUGGUAGACGGCUACACGCCAGAGUAUCUCACUCUCAGCCAUAUUCCAUUAGACCCCGACACCAUUCUCGAAGUCAACAACAAAAGAUGCACCCUCGACUCGCAAGGUGUUUUUUGCCGUUUGAAAAGAAACCGAAUAGACAAAAAGUUUGAAGAAGCCACAUAUGUGAGCACUGACAGUAUAAGAUUAUCGGGAAGUGUCAAAUUUGAGGUUUUUGACGGUGAAGAUUUGAUUCUUUCGGGUGUGUUGGAGAUGGAUAAGAAUAAUAUCGGUUAUGUUAAGUCGAAGAACAAUGAUGCUGAGAGAUGGAGUAUGCAAUGCGAAUCGAUGAUUGGGGCUAAUUCUCGGGUUUUGAAGGGGAAACAAAUUAUGGGUUGUGAUACGAUGCCGCCAAUGAUUGAAGUUUAUGUUGCGGGCUCGUUUUCGGGUUCGCCUGUUAUUUUGACUAAGACUUUGCAAAUUAGUCUUAGAAAGAAGCAAACGCGAAUAGGGGCGUUAGAUCCAAUUCCAGAGGGCGAGACAACUGAAUUGCGGAAAGAUGUUGCAUCUGGACUUGAUCUUCAGGAAGCAGAAUAUGGACGAUACAAGCCUGAAAACGAAUAUGAUUACAUCAAUAGUCUGCAGCAUUAUCAAAAUGAUUACAUGGAUGGUGAAGAUGGUGAACUCACUUGGUUCAAUGCUGGUGUAAGGGUUGGUGUCGGUUUAGGCCUUGGAAUUUGUCUUGGUGUCGGAAUUGGAGUUGGUCUUCUCGUUCGUACUUAUCAAUCUACCACCCGAAGUUUCCGAAGGCGGCUUUUGUAAUUCUUUUGUUCAAGUUUCUUUUUUUUUACUUGUUUGCGGUUUGAUAUGUUAUAGAGCGUGUUCAUAGCCGAUUGGAACAAAUAAACUACAUCGACAUGAACAUAUUUGAUUGGUGUUUUUAGUUUGUUAUCGUUUUGUGUAAAUAGGUUUUGUUAAUCCUUAUAAUGUUAUAAGAGUAUACAAUUUUGUGUA